CCGUGAGCCCGAGCUGCACGCAGCGGCCCGCGCGGCAAAGCAGAAAGCAAGCUGAACAGAGUGCGCAGAGUGGCAGUGGCAGUGGCAGCGGCGACACAGGCAGCCCAGGCAGCCCAGGCAACCCCGGCAACCCCGGCGGCCGCACAGCCUCAGAGGCAGCCUCCGCGACUCCAGCUGCUCCGCGGACUGCGAGCUGUGGCGGUAGAGCCCGCUACAGCAAUCGCAGUCUCCGUGGAGCUAGCAGAAGCUUUUUCUCUUUUUCACUUACCACUUCAUUCUACUCUAGAGGCUUCGUUCACUGAUUUUCUGUGGGUUGAUACAGAGAACCGUCACAAUUGUGCCUGGUAUGGACUUGUUGUCCGGGACGUAUAUAUUUGCGGUCCUGUUAGCAUGCGUCGUGUUUCAGUCUGGCGCCCAGGAGAAGAACUACACCGUCCGAGAAGAAAUGCCAGAAAACGUCCUGAUAGGCGACUUGCUGAAAGACCUCAACUUGUCGCUAAUUCCAGACAAGUCCUUAACAUCUCCUAUGCAGUUCAAGCUAGUGUACAAGACUGGGGAUGUGCCACUGAUUCGAAUAGAAGAGGGUACUGGUGAGAUCUUCACUACUGGAGCUCGCAUUGAUCGUGAGAAAUUAUGUGCCGGUAUCUUGGUGGAGGCUCGAUGCUUUUAUGAAGUGGAGGUUGCCGUUUUGCCGGAUGAAAUAUUUAGACUGGUUAAGAUACGUUUUCUGAUAGAAGACAUAAAUGAUAAUGCACCAUUAUUCCCAGCAACGGUUAUCAACAUAUCAAUUCCAGAGAACUCGGCUAUAAACUCCCGAUAUGCUCUCCCAGCAGCCAUUGAUCCUGACAUAGGAAUAAACGGAGUUCAAAACUACCAGCUAAUUAAGGGUCAAAGUAUUUUUGGGCUCGAUGUCAUUGAAACACCAGAAGGAGACAAGAUGCCACAACUGAUUGUUCAAAAGGAGUUAGAUAGAGAAGAGAAGGAUACCUAUGUAAUGAAAGUAAAGGUUGAAGAUGGUGGCUUUCCUCAAAGAUCCAGUACUGCUAUUUUGCAAGUAAGUGUUGCUGAUACAAAUGACAACCGCCCAGUCUUCAAGGAGAGUGAAAUUGAAGUCAGUAUACCAGAAAAUGCUCCUGUAGGUACUUCAGUGACACAGCUACAUGCUACAGAUGCUGACAUAGGUGAAAAUGCCAGGAUUCACUUCUAUUUCAGCAAUCUAGUCUCCAACAUCGCCAAGAGGCUAUUUCACCUCAACACCACCACUGGACUUAUCACAAUCAAAGAAGCACUGGAUAGGGAGGAAUCACCAAACCACAAGUUACUAGUUUUAGCUAGUGAUGGUGGAUUGACGCCAGCAAGAGCAAUGGUGCUAGUAAAUGUUACAGAUAUCAAUGAUAAUGUCCCAUCAAUUGACAUAAGAUACAUCAUCAAUCCAAUCAAUGGCACUGUGGUUCUUUCAGAAAAUGCUCCACUCAACACCAAAAUUGCUCUCAUAACUGUGACAGAUAAGGAUGCUGACCACAAUGGUAGAGUGACGUGCUUUACAGAUCACGAAGUCCCUUUCAGAUUAAGGCCGGUAUUUAGUAAUCAGUUCCUCCUAGAGACUGCUGCAUAUCUUGACUAUGAGUCCACAAGAGAAUAUGCCAUUAAAUUACUGGCCGCAGAUGCUGGCAAACCUCCUUUGAAUCAAUCAUCCAUGCUCCUCGUCAAAGUAAAAGAUGAAAACGACAACGCUCCUGUUUUCACCCAACCUUUUAUAAGUCUUUCUGUUCCUGAGAAUAACUCUCCUGGCACCCAGUUGACAAAAAUAAGUGCAACGGAUGCAGACAGUGGGCAUAAUGCUGAGAUCAGUUACCUGCUAGGUGUUGAUGCUCCAUCUGAAUUCAACCUGGAUCGUCGUACAGGCAUUCUGACUGCAGUGAAGAAAUUGGAUAGAGAAAAACAGGAAAAAUAUUCCUUCACGGUUCUGGCAAAAGAUAAUGGGAUGCCACCCUUAAUGACCAAUGCCACAGUCUUAGUGACCGUUCUUGAUCAGAAUGACAACAGUCCAAUUUUCACUCACAAUGAGUACAACUUCUAUGUCCCAGAAAACCUUCCAAGACAUGGCACGGUAGGACUAAUCACUGUAACUGAUCCUGAUUAUGGAGAAAAUUCUGCAGUAACUCUCUCCAUUUUAGAUGUGAAUGAUGACUUCACCAUUGAUCCACAGACUGGUGUCAUCCAACCAAAUAUUUCAUUUGAUAGAGAAAAACAAGAAUCUUAUACUUUCUAUGUAAAGGCUGAGGAUGGUGGUAGAGUAUCCCGCUCUUCAACUGCCAAAGUGACCAUAAAUGUGGUUGAUGUCAAUGACAACAAGCCAGUUUUUGUUGUCCCUUCUUCCAACUACUCCUAUGAAUUAGUUCUACCAUCCACUAAUCCAGGCACAGUGGUCUUCACGGUAGUUGCUGUUGACAAUGACACUGGCAUGAAUGCAGAGCUUCGUUACAGCAUUGUAGGAGGAAACACAAAAAGUCUGUUUAUAAUUGACCAAACAACAGGCAACAUUACACUGAAGGAGAAAUGUGUGGUUGCAGACCUUGGUUUACACAGACUGGUAAUCAAAGCUAAGGACUUAGGACAACCUGAUUCUCUCUUCAAUGUUGUAAUUGUUAAUUUAUUCGUGAAUGAGUCAGUGACCAAUGCUACACUGAUUCAUGAACUAGUGCGCAAAAACGUUGAAACACCAGUGACCCAAAAUAUUGAGACAGCUGAUGCAUCCUCACCAACCAGUGACUAUGUCAAGAUCAUGGUGGCCAUUGUUGCUGGCACCAUAACUGUCAUCCUUGUUAUUUUCAUCACUGCUGUAGUAAGAUGCCGCCAAUCACCACACCUUAAGGCUGCUCAGAAAAACAAACAGAAUUCUGAAUGGGUUACUCCAAACCCAGAAAACAGGCAAAUGAUAAUGAUGAAGAAAAAGAAAAAGAAGAAGAAGAAGCAUGCCCCUAAGAACUUGCUGCUUAACUUUGUCACUAUUGAAGAAACUAAGACAGAUGAUGCUGACAAUGAUGGAAACAGUGUCACACUAGACCUUCCCAUUGAACUGGAAGAGCAAACCAUGGGCAAGUAUAACUGGGGCACUACACCUACUACUUUCAAGCCUGAUAGCCCUGAUUUGGCCCGACACUACAAGUCUGCCUCCCCACAACCUGCCUUCCAGAUCCAGCCGGAAACGCCUCUGAAUUCGAAGCACCACAUCAUCCAGGAACUGCCUCUUGAUAACACCUUCGUGGCCUGCGAUUCCAUCUCCAAGUGUUCCUCCGGCAGUUCUGAUCCCUACAGUGUUUCUGAGUGCAGCUAUCCAGUGACAACAUUCAAGACCCCUGUGUCUGUACACACCAGACCGACUGAUUCCAGGACAUCAACUAUUGAAAUCUGCAGUGAGAUAUAACUUUCUAGGAACAACAUAAUUCCAUUCCCCUUCCAAAAAAUUCCAAUGAUUUGUGAAUUUCAAAAUUUGGCUAAGAUCAUUAAUUUGGUAAUCUGGAUUUCUCAUUAUAAAGGCAAGCAAAACAAAAACCACCUUAAAAAUAAUGUCCCACUGAACCUUAUGCUUACUUUAGCUGUAAUCUUGCGGUCAAAAUUUAAAAUUUGUGGAAGAAACAGUUCAGUGUAAUAAAAGAGUUUUAUCCUGCUGUUUCUCCAUUUGCUUGCUCUGAAUGUCAACAAUUGUGAUGUAAUACAAUGCUGUUUUGGUGUACAAACUGAUGGUUAAUAUGUCAAUAAUGAAACAUGGAAUUACUUGCCAUGUCUGAUUGCUGAAGAGUUUAAACAUCAUCUCCGGGAGUUUGGAAGUGAAGCUCAACUAUCCAAGCUACCCUCUGAAAGGUAUCCAGGGCAAGAGAUUUUUUAAGACCAAAAACACAACAACAAAACACUUAAAUUCAUUUUUUUGAAAAUAUUCACCAAUAUAGUGUUGCCGAGAAAAUAAUUAUAAUUACCCAUCACUCUGCUUAAAAGUUGGAUGAUAUAAAAUAAUCUUAUUGGGGUUUUUAUGUUGACUGUAAUCAUGUUGUUCCACUACUUUAAUAAUUAAAAAUUAUUUUUGUUGUAAUCAUGUUUCCUUUUUCUACAAAUACUGAAAAAGAAAGAAGUUCUUUCUAUUUUUAUCUAUCAAAAGGAGAAUGUAAAGUUCUUUAUACUCCCUGAUAUUUUGAAAAGGAAAUGUAAUGAUAUUUCUUGUAUAAAUAAACAUAACUCUAGUCAUAUAAGAGUAGAAACAAGGAUUUAAACAAGAUGUUUUAAAAGAUUUUAUCUUAAUUUUGAAAAUACCUAUGAAAAUAUAAGGUACUAGAGUCACAUCUAAAUAGAUAUAUUUUAUUUCUCUGGCAUUAAAUUACUGAAUAUGUUUCAUUGCUUUAAAUUAUUUGCCCUUUAAAAUUAACUCAUUUUUCACAAUAUGUUAAGAAAUUCAUUUCCUACACAAACGACUAAAUGCCUCAAAUUAGGCGUACAUUAAAUUUAUUGAGGAAAGAAUGACGUUGCCCAAUUUUAUGCUAUAUUCUUUAAGCUGCUUAUGACUUAUUAAGACUACUAAUGGAAUUUUUAAAAGAAACAUGAUUUCUUGAGACAAAAAGGGAGUAUAAAGGACCCUUAUAAUCAUGACAUAACAUAUGUUUCCUGGAUUUUCAUUCAAAUGCUUCACUGUGUAUUAUUUUACCUUGCAAAGUGUUAAUGGGAUUUGGCCUAUUAUGUAUGUACAUUAAAUUAGUGUAUUAUUUGAAGUGUUCUUUGAUGUACAGGUAUUUAGAAGAGGUUUAUGCUCUAUUUAGCAUUUCAAAUUAGUGUGAUUCUUGGAUAUUUGAUAUAUAGGUAAUAUUUUAAACAUGUUCCUGUUAAAAUUUAGUGUUCCCAUUUACUCAAUGCAGAAUCCUCUGUACCUGCAACGAUGUCAAGUUCCUUGAACAUACUUGCUAUUUGGCUUUUCAAACAUUACUUAGUUAAUUAUAAUGACUGUGAGUGUAACUAUUUUACUGGUAAUGAGAAAUUUCAUGUAAGUUACAAUAUUGUAUUACAUACUUAUAAACAACUGUUGUAGAAAAAAGUACUUAAAAUUAAAUUUUACCUUUGUGAAAGUUAUUCACAUAGAAUAACUUUAUAACUUUUCCCUUAUUUCUUCCUGAUAAAUUAAAUAGUUUAAUUCAAAUCAUUCCAAGGAAUAUCAAAAUUGAGUCAACUUAUUAUACCCCUAGAGUCAGUGUCCUGCAGGUACCAAGACAUACUAAGAGCAGGAGUUUCCAAAAUCCGUAAUCUCAAUUUAAUUGUGAAUAAAAUGAUGACGCCCAAGAAAAUGAAUCAGUAUUCAAGUGUCCCGUAAUAAACUACUGUGGCUUCAUGACCAUUUGUACAUGUAAUUAUUGUAUAAAUGCAUUUUAAGUGCUGUGUCAUGACCACCCUGGUCUCUCCUUUUCUGCACACUCUGUGAGCUAAGGGAGAAUACCUCAUUUUUCUUCCACUUCAGUGACCCUUUCCUUUAUGACUAUGAUAGGAGAAACUCCUAAUCACUCCUUUUUAUAUAUUAAGAUGAAAAUGUCUUGAAAUAGUUAUCCAGGAUCUCUAAAUAAAGCAUUCUUCAAUAGUUUUACAGGUGUCAUCUUUGCAGAAUAUGAAAACAAACUUUAUUUUUAAAGCUGUGACUCCAUCUGUCAGAAUACAACUUCUGUAAGAAAGGAACUUCGAAAUUGAUUUCUUUCCUGCUCUUUGAGGCUAAAAUAUUUAUCCAUAUAGAUGAUGGCUGAAAUUUAACCGUGUUUACAAUUGGGCCAUAGAUGAAAAUGGAUUCCACUUUUGAUGAUUAACUACGCUUGAUCUGUCCUUUGUUUAUGCUUGAGGAAAUAAUAUUACCAACUGAGAACAAUAUGGACAGCAUUGAAACUAGUUUUCCACAUAAGCCAGAGAGAAUAAAAAUAUGUAUUUUCCUACUUGGUUCCUUCUUAUCAGUUGAUUUAGUGCCACUUUUAAUUUAAUUAUUGUUAUUAUUACGUGUUUGGCUUACAAAGUCUCAGAUAUCUUCUCAUCUCUUGUGUUGGCAUUAAUGGGCUCCUGGAAUAUUCCCAAUGAAAUGUCCUUGACAGUCUCUCUGGCUCUUAUUCUAGUCAGUAAAUAAAGAAAAACAGAAGGAAAGCAAAUCUUAAGACUAGUCAUCAUAGAUAAAGAAAAGGAACUUUCCGUGAACUUAGUCUAUGGAAUCGAUUAAGUAGACCAUCUAAUUGAUAAACUACAGUGUACUGUAUACUUUCACCACUGCAAUCACUCAAAGAAGUAUUUUCUUUUGAUUAAAAUCCACAGUGCAUAAAUUGAAAAAAAUUGGUGAAAUACAUUCCCUCAUUUUACUUUAAAUAUAAAAGUUUGUUUUUAGCAAUAGGACUAUUCAAGCCUUUACAUUUCUUUAAUUAUUUUUAUUUUCAGUAAUUUAAAUUUAAAAAUUUAUGACAAUUAUAAUUCUAUCCAUUAAUUAAUUUUUUGUGUAUGCAUCUUCUGUUUUGUCUGUUGACUACCCCAUACACAUCAAUCAAUGAGAAUAAAUAUACUUUAGAAUAAUUUUUAAAAGUUGAAUUUAGGUUCAAUCAAUCAACUGUUAUUUUGUACAGUAUUUACUAAUCUUUUAAUUUCAACACAAAAUAAUACUGCCUCAUUUUACUAUUUUGUUGCCUGCACUCGUCACUGUUUAAUUAGAUUUUGUAAUUGUGUGUCUAGCUAGGUGUGAUAUGAAGCAAUGAUCUCAACAGAAAUGCUACAGGACAAGCAAAUCUUAAAAAAUCUUAUAUGAACUUAAGACACACUCUGUAAAUGCUUCCUAGAGAUGCUCUUGUGUAAUAGACAUGUUUUCUUAGAUUUUGUGAAGCUUAGCUUUUGUCUAUUUCAAAUAUUAUUUAUAUUUAGGUUUCUAGUAUAUUCAAAGGUGCUGUGAUAAUAUAAAGCUGUAUGUGUUGUAUAUAAUUACUAUUUUUAAAAAGAACUAUUGUGCUUUUUGUUUUUUCAUGCAUUGUGGUUAUCCAUACAUGACAUCCAUGGUUUUAUGUGGUAUUUAGAAUUAGAAGUAGACUUUUUUAAUUCUAGAGUAGUCGUAGGCUUUUAUUUUUAUUGCACAUGCAAUACACAUUCAGUGUACAAAAAUUUAGGAAAUUGUAGAUAGAUUUUAGAUGAAGGAUUUUAAAAUUAUUUGUUUUUAUUUCCAGCUAUAUCAGUACGUUUUUCUUUAUAAUUUGCUUAGUAAUUCUGUUUAAAGGCUCUGUAACUUUUGGAAGUGGUGCACUUUAAAAUUAAAGAAUUAUUCUGUUUUUUUUAUAUUAUAAACUAUACAUGCAGGAUUUUUUACACAGUGGUAAUUGACUUAUUUAUUAUGCAUAUUGUUUAUUUUUAUAGAUGUAUGGUUGGAAAAAUUCAUGUAAUAGUAUAGCUUGAUUAGUUGACAGUAUAAUACACAGGCAUACUAUUUAUCUCCACCGCAAAACUAACCUCCCCUCAGUGAAAAUAUCAAGUUUUGAUUAAAAAGCUUUUUUAGUUAAAAAGAAUGCCAUCUUAAUAUCUGCCAAAAAUUCCUUUAGAACGAACAACCAAGUUAAUUAUUUCCAAGAAUUCUCAUAACCAACUCUUACCUUUUUCAUAUUCUAGAUAAUCUCAAUUAAAAUUGCUUAAACUGUCCAUUUUUAAGUGGUUAAUUAUAUUUAAUUACCCACACAUACAAAAAUACUAUCCAACGAGGAGUAAAACUUUUUUUGUCAAGUGAAAAAAUCACAUUCCAUUAGGUUUUACAUAGUCAAAUGGACAUAAUAAUGAAAAUGAAAUAUUUCAAUGGAUAUUCUAGAAAUAUUUGCACUUUUCUCCUUCGUCCUGGAGCCUUAUAUUUAUUAAUUAUUCAUUGAUUUACUUCAUAAAAUGUUAUUCUCUUUGAAAUGCAGUUAACUUUUAAAAUCAUUUUCAUUCUUUUUAUCUUAAUACUUGGCAAAAACAUUAGAUAACAAAAUAAUGCUUUCAUUAGAUACUUAACUAAAGAAAAUUUUAAAUAGUACUACUUUUACUCUAUUUGGUGGUAAUUAGAAGUAAAUGAAUAUACAACUCUGGUGAAAAAUAUUAUUUUCAGAAAUCCAAGAAAUAAACUUUAAAAUGUAUUUACUUGUUUUAUUACAUGUCACUUCUAACCUCCAUUUCAAAAUCAAUGCAAAUCACCAUUUCAAUGAUACUUCAAAACUAAAGAGAAUUGAUCAUAAACACUAUCACUUUACACAAAAAUAUUCCCAGUAAUUCAAACAUGCAGCUCAAGUAGUUGUUCAGUGUCACAACCUUGAAGUAAUUAAAAUUGAAAAAAAAACAAAUUUGACCAGCUCUUUUGAUAUGUAAACACAGGCCUAGUCUCAUAUUCAAGAUGGGGAAAAAAUACACACAAAAGUGGAAUUGCAUGGACUCUGGAAAGCUGAUUUAUGAGCUCCUAAAAGAGACAUUAUAUUUCAUUAUUAAUUUUAUUCAUUUGAUCUCGUCAUUCAGAACUAUGUAUUGGGUGCCUUUUUUUGCAGAAAAUUGUAUACAUUUAUUUAUGAUAUUCAGAUUGAAUAAUUACAUUUUUUCACACGGAUAGGUAUUCAAGAGAAGGUGCUGAGUUCGUUUCCAGAUAGGUAUCAUGGCUUUGUCUACAUGAUUCCAAAACUUCUGGAGGCAAAAUACAAUUUUUCACUAAACAUGGAGAUAUUUUAUCUACCUGACAAAAUUGAUUGACUUUGUAAAGACACAGACUUUAUCUAAUACUACAGAAUAAUAUUAUAACUAUUUCCUUUUAGAUAGGAAAAAAGAGUUUGACAUGCUUUAUAAAGAUAUCAGUAUCUGAAUCUAGAGUAAUUUAUAACAUCUAGCCACAAAAUUCCACACGGUGCUACAAUUCAACUUUACAUAUAUAAAUUUUAUUUGUCUAUAAGACUAUGCACACAUUUAUUUCAAAAUGCACACAAAUUAUAAAAAUGAUGGGGAACAUACAAGUAUUUUUAGGUGUGGGAAUUGAAGGGUAAACAUACCAAACUCUAGAAAUUAAUAUACCUAACUAUGUGUCUAAAGAAAAAUUUAUUUUAAUUUGGUGUUUAAGUAAUUCUAACAGAAUGGCAUCAAAAUGGGCUAGUGUAUGUAUAAGCAUAUAUAUGUUUGCACAUGGUAUGUGUGUAUAUUUAUGUUUGUCAAAUUUUUAGGAGAAAAAAGUGAUAUAAGCUUCACGCUAAAGGCAACUUAUUCAGAGAUUAUAUAUCUAUGUUUACAAUGUUAUUCUCUCUCUUUUUAAACUCUUAUGCCUCAUUUCCAAACUAUAAUCAUCCUGCAUCCCUUAUAUCUUCCUAUACAUCACCUUUCAUUUAAUAAAACUCUUGUCAUAUUCAGUGCAUUCUAAAUAUGUACUCGUGUUUUUUACUUUUAAUCAAAUUAUUUUGCCUCUAGUGUAACUGCAGUACUUCUCCUCAUAAAAUUUCCCUGUUUUCCGAAUGAUCACAGAUCCAGUAACAUUACAUUAUACAUUAAAAAGUUAAACUGCUUUUUCCCAUCUAAGUACCAGUGUAGAUUCUACUUCUUUUUCACAAAGAAAACUAAGAUAAAUUUGCCUUCAGUACUAGUCAAUUUCUGAUCAGUUGGUAUAACUAAAACAUAUACAAAAAGAUCCAAAAAUAAUCCUCUUUAUUUUGUAUUAAUACCUUAUUUAAUUUUAAUACUUAUGAAACCAAAAACGAGAUAAGUAGUUCUCUGUUUGUUAGUGCUCUGUACAAUGUCACAUUUUCAAUUUCAUAUGUCUGCAACUUUGUGGGUUUAUGUUUCCAUCAAAAGGGUAAGAUAUCGAUUUACUAUAAUCAUAUACAUGCAUAAAUAUCUACCUAUCUAUGUAUAUACACACAUACAUUUUUAUAAACAUCUCAGUGUGCACUAUGGAUUGAUGAACAUCGUGGAAGUAUUUAUGAGAAUAAGUUCAGUUUUCAGAUUGGGCAAUGUGUACAUUUUAUUAUCAUUUCUGUUUUUGAGUGGAGCUAGUACUAAGAACAGCAAUUGAAGAAAAGCUGUGUAACAUUAAAAUUAUGAAGAUUUAAAAUAUGAAAGCAUUCACAGCAGUCACUUUUAAAAUUUUGUUUUUCUUUGUUAUUUGCAGCUGUAAUUUUAAAAAAGAAUAAACAGGUUUUUGUGUGAAUAUAUUAGAAUGAAGAUUAUAGAGCAUCUUUCAACUGGAAUACGUGUAGAUACUAACACUGGUUGUGUUUGAUGUAAUUUCAGUGCAUAAAGUGUGUGUAAUCUGUAUUAAGUGAAAUACCUAUAAAUAAAGUUGUUUCUGCA